AUGUAAUAAUUCUUUCAGCAUAUAAUUCCAAUAUAUAUUUUAUAAGUAAGAUUAGUUAUUAAAUAUAUAUAUUCCUUAGAGUAACAAGAUAUCAUCUUCUUUCAAAUCUAUACUUACAUUUAUGAGCUAUUAAAUAGUUGUGUUGAUUAUACUUAAAAAUAAUUUAUUCAGAAAAAUCUUUAAAUAUCUGGAAAAUUGAUAGAAAUGAAUAUGCAUAAAGAAGUCAUUAGGAAAUAAAUUGGAGAUUAUUGUUUUGAUAUGAAUGAUAUAAUUGGAGAAGGAUAUUCAUCUAAAGUUUAUAAGGGAAUUCACAUGGUUACUAAUUAAGUUGUGGCAAUUAAAGUUAUCUCUUUAGAAACCUAUAAUUCACCUAUAUAGAAAUCUCUUCUUUCAAAUGAAAUCAAAAUUCUUUUGCAAAUCGAUAAUCCUAAUCUUUUAAGAGUUUAUGAGAUAAGUCAAAGCGCUAAUAAUACUUAUAUAGUGAGUGAAUAUUGUGAAGGUGCUAAUUUGGAGGAACUAUUAAAGUAAGAACCAUUAAAAAUAGAGAAAGUUAUUGAUAUACUGACAUAACUUUGUAAAGGUCUCCUUGAUUUACAUUAAAAAAGUAUCAUAAUAAACUAUUUUAUAUUUAGAUAUUAUCCAUAGAGACAUUAAGCCAGCUAAUGUAUUAAUUAAAAAUGGUAUUUUUAAACUUGUUGAUUUUGGUUUUGCUCUUAUUGAAAAUUAAUAUGAUAGUAUAAUUAAACGAUAUCAUGUUGGAACUACUAUGUAUAUGGCACCUGAAAUUCAUUUAUUUAAUUAAUAUUCAGAAAAAACUGAUGUAUGGGCUUUGGGAAUCAUUUUACAUGAGAUGUUAUUUAAAGCAGCUCCAAAAUUUAAGUUUAAUGAUUAAACACUUCUACAAGAAAUCAAAGAAAAUUGCUAAACUCUCGAGAUCUUACAUUAAAAUCUAAUUUUUAGAUUACUUGAUGGAAUGCUAUAAUUAGAUUCUGAAGAUAGAUUAACAAUUUAAUAGAUUCUUAAUAUAAUAUAAGAAAAUAAAUCAUCUAUUUCUAAAUAAGUGUCACACUUAGUUAAAUUAUCCUAAAAAUCUAUAUCUACUCAAAUUAAUUCUCCUCUCUAAUCAAAAAGUGUCAAAAAACAAAAUUAAAUAAGAAAAAAAUAUGUUCAAUAACUUUACUCUAAUAAUAAGCCUUAAUCUUUUGAUGAACAAAAUCUUAAAAAUAUUGUUAGAGUGAAAACAUUAAAUAGAGAUCAAUUAUUUGAAAUCAAUUAAUUUAUAUCUGAAGAUGAGAUUCCAGGUAAAUUUAUUAGAACUAAUCUUAAUUAAUAGCCAUUUCGAUAUUCGCAUAAGAAAAGUGAUUCAGAUAUCAAUAUUGAAUUAAUUGGUUAAAUAAGUACUGAUUGUUCUGUCCAGAAAUCUCCAAAAUAAAAAUUAUUCAUUUAAAAAAAGAAUGAAGAAAUUGAUUUACCAGUAAUAUUAAAACCUACUUAUAAAUUUUGUGAAUUUGUUGAAUAAAUAAUAUAGAAUUUUCCUCAAUAGGACAAUGAUCUAAUAUUGAAAAUGUAAUUUUUAUUAAGAAAGUUAUUAGCCAUAAAAGCUAAUGUAUUCUAUACAUUUGCACCUAUUAAAAUAAAAUCAUAAUUAGAUAAUUGGAUUAAUCAACUUCAUUAAUAUUAUCAAAAAAUUUAAUAAUAAAUCAAUUUAAAUUUAGAUAAAACAUUUUAAUUAUUUUUUAAUUCUAAUCUAGAUGAUUAAGGAAAAUUAUUAACUAUGUACAUAAUAAGUUUAGCCAAUUAAAUGUUCAAAAAAUCAAAUGAAAUUAAUAUUGUAGUUGAAAUUUUGGAGGAUAAUUUAUAACAUCAAAAUGAUCCAUUUUUAUUUGCAAGAAAAUGGGUAUUUUAAAAAUCAUAAUGA